AAUAAGCCGACACAUGUGAUGGAGAUAGCAGUCUUACUUUCAAAGUAGACGGCAACUACACACCAUUCUGUCCUUAUCAAGAUCCAAAGUUCAUAAAAAAAUUGGGUGAUGUGAUACACAGUUCGAGUGCGACGCGAACGAGUUGAUGCGAUGGUGUCUUGAGAAUAUUAUCGUGCACAUCUAAGCGUGCUUUUUUAACCAUACGCCUCAUAUCACUCGCGGCUUAUUUGCUCUACGAGAUGAUUUUUACAGUAGUAUAUUCGUUUAGCUGAUGGUUUUCCAAUUUUAUGACCUUUUCAGCAUAAAUGUUUAGAUCAAUGAUUGAAGUCACUACAAUCCAUCUAUCGCUGCUGGAGUUAAUAUGACUAUGGCGAUAUUUUGGCAUGACCGAAUGUGCAGAGUCGCGAUGUGAACUGCUGCAACAAGCCAAGAGCGAAUUCAGCACUAAGUCUUGACGAAGAGUCAAUUCACACAUUUGGAAGCAAAGUGGUGCGGUAUUGCCCUGAUAAAAAUAAAGAUCAGUCAAAGAUCUCUCCCUCACUUUACCGAAGCAAGUAAUGGCACAAGCUUUAAGCCAGAACAGAGCCAAAUUGUGACGAAUUAAUAUCAAAAGCAUAGGCUGACCCUUAGAACACCUGUAAGAAAUGCUACCUAACACAAAUCCCGGCUAGAAAUUUGGCUGUGGUGAUGAAUUCUCGAGUGCCUGUCAAUUGUGACAUUGUAGGAUUAAAGUGCAUUCUUGAGUAAGCGUAUAGAGGUUUGGUGGCCAAAACCAUAAUGAGGCGUUUGAUACACCCAACGCUUCAAGUUUCUUCCGGAGAACCGAACAAUUUUUGAGCCAUCGAAUCCGGGUUGACUUUGUACGCCCGCGAAGCAGGUAAUGUGGCCAAAAUCCAGCGAUUUUUAUAUUCCUCAAAGCACAAAUAACGCUUACAAAGUCUUAUUAAACGGAUGAGGCGUAGAGCUCGACAGAAUACACAUAAGGCGUGGAUGCAGCUAACAUAAAUGUAUUAUUUGUAUUUAUACUGCUUACGCAUAGGACGCGAGUGUGACGAUAUUGAAGCAAAGUUGUGGAUCAACGGGAGACUAUCUGGUAUGGAAUCAGGUCAAGUGUAGAAAACCGUCAUUGCGAUGAUUCAAAUUAGACUCGAAUUCAUUCGUUCUGGUACGUCAAAACUUGUCAUCAUUUUCCGGGCAAUUCCUUACAUGUCUGCGACGCGAAAGCGGCCAAAUCUGCUCUUAAGUUACAUCUCUUCUUAUUGUGCUCAGCAGAAUACCUUAUGCAAUGGUUAUCAUGAGACUGCAUUGUGCUCAACAGAUCUCAGCAUGUCCACAUACGCUAAUGGAAUGGAAGUCUGAGAUUAGGAGCGACAGCAGAAGUCUUCAAACCGGCCUUCAGUUUUGCAUCUUUGCGAGAUAAAGACGUUUAGCUUAAGCAGAAGCCCUAGAGGUAGGAAUCCGCGCUCUCGUUACAUAGAAACUGGCAGAUAAGUAAGAGAGAACCAAAUUCAAAAAUUUCCUCAUCCGUGUGUUUAUGCAACAAAACAUUCCACAGGCCAUGCUCAACAAACUGCUCCAUCGCCCUUCUAUCAAAAGUAAACGUUAAGGAAUGGCAACACCACACAUUUGCUACCCUCAAGGGAACACGAGGUGAUUUCGCAAUCAAAUCCAAAACGCUCUCCCAUUGUCUGCAGCAAAUAAACCUCUCGAACAUUUUAUCAUCAUCGAUACGGUAUAAGGCCGUCUCUCAAAUAUGGCUAAAUUUUCCUCACAAUGAGAAGUGCGGCGCUCUAGCCGGAACGGCAAGCAAAAGCAGUUUAUUGCGCAUCAGAUCUUGGCAUACUCUGGCUACACACGGAACAAGACAUAGUGGAAUAGAUCCCGGCCACUCCAUACUUUUCUAACCGACUAUGCUGUCGUUGACAAACGUAAGGAAAUGAGGGAUAAUUUAGUUCGAUUUUUAGUAGCCAAUCAUUGUACUGGAUCUAACCGGUGACAUAUCUUUGUAUCAUACUACGGUGAAUACUGAAAGAUU